UUUCUAAAAUACUAUUAAUCGAUAUUCAUUGAAAAAAGGGGAAAAUAUGAUGCACGUUCAAAAUAUAUAAAGGGAAGCGCAUAAAAAUCAAACCAUAUAUUGGGAAUUUGCCGAAGUGAAGACAGAGUCUUGAAGCUUUGCGCUAAACAUUUCGAGUAAUUAUGUAUUACAAGUGUUUACGUUGUAAGAAUGUCUAUUCAACUGAGUUGGACCUUAUUUAUCAUGAAGAGGACGACCAUGAUCUUCAUGAAAGUGCAGAAUGUGACGUAUGUUUGAAAAGAUUCCCUCGUCGAUCAGAUUGUUUACGUCACAAGCAAACCAAACAUCAAAAAAGUAUUUUACUAGAUUUUUUGAAGAAUCGUUACGCAGAAAUCACUGUGGAAGCAUCUGAUCGUAAAGUUGCACGGUUAGAGGUGCAAAAGGUAUUUGAAGCGCUGGCUGAUUGCUUUGGCAACGGCAUUUUUCUAAAGCAGUUUCAAAAAUCAGGGAGUUAUUCUACGAAAACGAAGGAAUUGCAUGCCAAUGAAUUCGACUUCGACGUGCCUUUAAAGUUCCAGUUGGAGAAACUACAUCUGAACUAUGAAAAGAAUGAAGUGUAUCAGCACUUUGACCAAGCGCAAAAAAAUCUUAAGUUGAAUGUACCUAUGAAGGUGACAAGGAAAUAUUACUUGAUUCCUCAAGGAUACGUUGAAAUUAAAAGAAAACGGGGAGAACCUGUUGUUCCGAGAGAAAUUCAAGAAGAAUUGUAUCAAGAUCUCAUGUGUGCAAAGGGGAAAGUAGAGGGUACCCUUGACGUUUUUCAGGAGGCUGAAGGUCCAGCGUUGACCGUAAGAAUGAAACCACCAGGUUUACCGAAUAUUACUAUAAACUUAUGUGCCUCCAUCGCAACUGAUAAAAUUACACUGCGUCAUUAUAGGUGGCCAAGACCACAAACAAGAAAUUGUUUGUCACCAAAGCUUAUCAGAUUAAUUUUGAAUGCUGGUUUGCACUUGACACCUAAACAUUUAAAGUUCUGGUACAUAUCCGUUUCUAAAGCUGGUCAAGCUCUGAUGAACGGAAUUGAUGACGCCGACAAAGGAUGCCGCAGACAAUGCCACAAAUUGUUAAAGGCAGAUUUUCAGACAUGGUUGGGAAGAUCUGGAAAUAACCUUCCAGGAAUAUCAACAAUGGUGUUAAAACACCAGCUAUUUUGGAUGAAUGAAAAAAAACAAUUGGACUGGUCAGAAGAGAAACUAGCAGAUCGCUAUCUGGAUAUGUUGGAGGAUUUGUCCCAAAGAUUGAGAAGUGGUAAACUUUACAACUACUUUCUUGAUUACGAGAACAUUUUUGAAGAUAAAGAUCAACAAGUGUUGAACGAAGUUGCAAACUACGCUAAUGCAAGAUCACAAGGGCUUAUUGCAAUGGGAUAAAAUAAUAAACGUUAAAAAACCCAAAUGAAUUCUAUUUAAGCAAAAUUGAGAGUAAAUAAAAGAUGGAUAAAUCCUUGCACAAAUAUGGCUCGAAUUUCCACAAGUUAAAUUACUUUUACGAAUCAAAGAAAAUUGGAUUUUAAGAAAUAAAUCAACUUUUCCGACAAAAAUAAGAAAACCAUUUUUCUUCAAGCAAUUCUUUUUACUACUGAAAUUAUUUAUAUAAUUUAUUUUAUUAUAUGUCAGGAUUCAGCUUUACUGGUUUUUUUUGUCUGCUUUUACUACCUCUGUAUGCUUUAUGUUAGGAGUGAAUUAAUACUGCUCCAAUAUCUCAUUAUAAAAAUGAUCAUUGCUUAAUUCUUUUAUCAACAGUAAAACAUUUGUCUAAUGACAACUUCCCAUCCAAUAAAAAUUUCAACAAGAGAACUUAAUAAAGAGAAUAUUUUUUCCAAACCAUGAAUGAAUGAUGAUUAUAAGGAAGCAGUAUUAUAUAAGUAAAUUAUACGAUGGAUUUAAUAACACGAUGGGCGCUGACUUUUUCCUAAAUUCUUCAAAACCCUUUAAAUCUCUUAUCAAUUUCGUUUUCCUUUUAGAAUCCUUUUUUUAGCCGCCGUGUUACUUAUUCUUGCACGUGCACAAAACGGUAGUCUUUAUACAAGUUAAUUUGUUGAACAAAUAGGUCGCAAACAUCAUAUGCAUUGUGAAUUAAAAGCAGAUAAGUAAAGAAUAAAGAAAGCAAAUAAGCAAAAAUAGUAUUUGAUUAGAAGUUUUAGUGGUUUCCAAUACUUCCUCUAUGAUAAAAUGUUUUGCUAGUUUGACAGAAACUGUAAACUGCUGAGUCAUAUUUCAAUCCACAUGCAUUGAUAUUGUUUUAGGAAAUAUAAAUAUUUGAAUGUAGCUAUUAAGGUUGUACAACUAAUAUAAUCGUAGUUUUUGUUAAAUGCGUAAUAUAAAUAAUAUAAUCGUAGUAAUAUUAAUAAGUGUACUUA